AUGCGUUUAAAAUCUCAUUAUCAUCAAAUAACAGAAUUGCUUUCUUCUAAAUCAGAUAAACAUCGAUUAUCUCAAAGCGAUUAUUAUCAUAAACAGCAACAAGAAACAAUUCCAAAAAUAAUUAAAAAUCGAUGGUCUAUACAAUCACCAAUAAGUUCAGGUUCAUUUGGUUAUAUUUAUCAAGGAAUAAAUUUAAUUACUAAUGAAAAAGUUGCUAUUAAAUUUGAAUCAAAAAGUUCUCAUCAUCCACAAUUAUAUAAAGAAAGUCAAAUCUAUCGUUCUAUUGAAGGAACUGGUAUGCCUAAAAUGUAUUGGUAUGGAACAGUAGAUAAUUAUCAUGCUAUGGUACUUGAAAUACUUGGACCAAGUAUUGAAGAUUUAUAUAAUUAUUGUCAUAGGCGAUUUACAAUUAAAACUGUUGUUUUACUUGGUGAACAAAUGCUUGAAAGAAUAUGUCAUAUACAUCGUCGAUCUGUUAUACAUCGAGAUAUAAAACCAGAUAAUUUCACGAUGGGUAUUAAUUCCAAAUGUCAAAAUGUUUAUUUAAUUGAUUUUGGUUUAUCAAAAUAUUAUUUAAAUAAAAAGACUCGUCAACAUAUCGAAUAUAAUGAUAAUAAACAAUUUAUAGGUACAAUACGUUAUGCUAGUUUACGUACUCAUGCUGGUAUUGAACAAUCACGUCGUGAUGAUUUAGAAUCAUUAGCAUAUACAUUAAUUUAUUUAGCACGUGCAAAUAAAUGUUUACCAUGGCAAGGUAUUAAAUGUAAUACGAAAAAAGAAAAACAAGAAAAAAUUUAUGAAAUUAAACUUCAUACACAUAUUGAAGUAUUAUGUUUAAAUUUACCAAAAGAAUUUCAAGAAUUUUUAAUCUACACAAGACAACUUGGUUUUGCUGAAGAACCAAAUUAUAUUUAUUUAUUUUCAUUAAUUAAACAAAUAUAUCAAACAAUGAAUAUAAAAAAUGAUUUUAUCUAUGAUUGGAUUGUUCAUAAACCGAAAUGA